GUUCACCGGAAUUAUAAGUAUACACACACUUCAUACUCCUCUUUGUUGUGAGAAUUAAUAAAAUGGAUCAGUCUGAAUCAGUAAUGUGGACGCCGGAAUUAGCCAUCGCCGCCGCCGUGGUGGUGGUUAUUGGUGUGACGCAGUACUUGAUAUACAGGUGGAGGAAUCCUAAAUGCAAUGGAGUUCUUCCUCCGGGCUCCAUGGGCUUCCCUCUCAUUGGAGAGACUAUUCAGUUUCUUUCCCCCGGUCACACUCUCGACCUUCUUCCCUUCAUCAAGAAAAGAGUCCACAAAUAUGGACCCAUAUUCCGGACGAGCCUGGUGGGUCGACCCAUUGUGGUGACGGCUGACCCUGAAAUCAACAGCUUCAUUUACUCCCAAGAAGGAAAGACGGUGGAGCUGUGGUAUCUGGACUCCAUCUCCAAGGUGUUCAAACAAGACGGCGAGGCUCGGACCACAGCCGGUGGGGGCGUCCAUAAGUACCUCCGAACCAUCACUUUAAACCACUUCGGUUCCGAAAGCAUCAAGGCGAAGCUACUGGCUGAUAUCCAGCGAUACGUUAAUAAAGUUAUCGGUCACUGGUCUAGCCAGCCCUCCGUUGAAGUACAACGCCAAAUUAUGGCCAUGCUAUACGAUUUCAACGCAGGUAUAUUGUUCGGAUAUGACCCCGAAAAGUCCAAUGAGAAAAUAAGCGAGAGUUUAAUCACUUUAGCAUAUGGGUUCAUGGCCAUCCCAUUGAACAUCCCAGGAACCCAGUACAACAAGUGUCUCAAGGCACAAAAGAAGCUGGUCAACACGUUCAAGGCUCUCGUCAAGGAGAGGCGCCAAGCCUCGGUUGCCACCGUCGCUGCUCGUGGAGAUUUUCUCGAUCAAGCUCUCCGUGAUAUCGAAAUUGAACAAUUUCUCACUGAAGAGUUCGUUGUCAAUUUGUUGUUUGGUAUUUCAUUUGCAAGUGGCUCCAUUUCCACAUCUCUUAUCUUGAUGUUCAAGUUACUGGCAGAAAAUCCAUCGGUCCUGGAGGAGUUGACCGCUGAGCACAAUGAAUUUUUGAAACAAAGAAAAGAUCCAGAAUCUCCAAUCACGUGGGAGGAAUACAAAUCGAUGAAAUUUACGCUUCAAGUUAUAUAUGAAACUUUGAGAUUAACAAAUGCAAUGCCUUUUCUGUUGCGGAGAACGAUAAAAGACUUGAACAUCAAAGGAUAUACAAUUCCAGCUGGAUGGACGAUAAUGGUUACCAACUCAGCUCUCCACUUGAACCCUAGAACCCAUAAGGAUCCAUUGGACUUCAACCCAUGGCGUUGGAAGGACCAAGACCAAUAUUCGAUUUCAAAGAACUUGCAACCAUUUGGAGGCGGAACUCGGCAAUGCGCCGGAGCGGAUUACACCAGGGUUUUCAUGGCCAUUUUCCUCCAUGUUCUUGUCACCAAGUAUAGUUGGAAAAAGGUGAAGGGAGGAGACAUUUCUCGAAGUCCUGUUCUCAAAUUUGGAGAUGGCAUUCAUGUCAGCUUCUCAGCAAAAGCUUAAAUUAGUCUAAUUAUGGGAAAAAACAAUGCUUUGGUUUGACAAGCUCCAGUUCUUAUUUAUUUCAAUCAAUAUUAUUCUCUCGUUUUCGUUUGUUUAACUAUGUUAUGCUCAAUAAAGGCUUGAUACCAUUGUAUAAAUACCGACUGUAGUUUUAUCGGUGUGUUCUUUUAA